AUGGAUAUCAGGUCAUUCCUGCUAUUUGUGGUAAUGUUGAGCGUAAUGCAACAGGGUCCGGCGAUAUACAGCGACCUUGUUUGCGUGGAGCCCGAACCAGGAUAUGUCCAAAGAUUUUACCACUAUUUCUCCGCAUCGGAAUUCGAGAAAGCUUGUCCAACAACUGCCGAUAUUACACUGCAAAUUGGAAACGAGAUCAUGUGUAGUCUCUUCUGUACUCUUGUAAGCCUACUGUUAAGGAACGCUCCAGCUAUCGGGAAGUGUAUCAAAAAGGGAUACUCAACCGUGAUGUCGAUGAUCCAUGAAUGGAGGACGUGUCCGUCACGUUGUCCUCACUGCGGAACUGUCCCAUGUCAGGCUAAAAGAAGGUCCUUGUGGAAGCCCUCUGGAUGUCGGAAGAGGGAUAAAGCCAAUUUCGCCGAGCGGGCAAAAGCAAUGGAAUUGUUCAACUAUGGACUUGAAUUAUCCGUGGUGUUGACUAAGGAGCUUCCCAGAAAUGACCUUUACUGGCAGAGGAAAUUCUGUCACCAGUUUGAAGAGAAGCACAUGGUGCUGUUUCCACUUUGUAUCCAGCGCCAGAUCAACUAUUGGUACCCAGUUCCCCGAUAG